AAGAGAGCGGUGGAGCGCACUUCGGCAGUGGUUACUUCAGAUACAAAGAGGGAGUUCUCGCUCCUCAGGAAACCCUGCAAGUUCGGAUCGCUACUACAAGAACAUUUAUCCUAGUGGAUUAUCCUCACUGUCAGCAGGAGCCCAGCCAGAAUGAAACUAGUGCACGUAGCCCUGCUCUGUCUCGGCUCCGUGACCUUCUUCGGCGUGGAUGCUGCAAGGGUGGACGUAGCGACAGAGUUCAAAAGAAAGUGGACCAAGUGGGCGCUGAGCCGAGCCAAGCGGGACGUGAAGCCUUCGGGAGCGCCGCGAGGGCUGGGGGCGGCUGUGCAGCCGCUCGUACGGACACAGGACGUGCAGGACGAUCCACGAGUCUCGCAUCCCAGCAGCCGGGACGAUGCUCGCAUCCGCGUCAAGCGCUACCGGCAGAGCAUUAACAGCUUCCCGCACUUCCAAGCCAUCCGCAUGGGGUGCCGGUUCGGGACGUGCACGGUGCAGAAACUCGCCCACGACAUCCACCAGCUGACGGACGAGGGCAAGGACGCCGCCGCGCCGCCCAGCAAGAUCAGCCCGCAGGGCUACGGCCGCCGGCGCCGCUCGCUGCCGCCGCGCUCCCCAGGGCCUCUCGCCGCCCUGCUGGGGCUCUGAGCGCCGCCUCGACGGGACGGAACGAAGGACUGAGGAAGCGCGAUCGCUCCAGCCCCGCCGCCGGGAGCUCCGCACAAGCGCCCGCCCGGGCGGGACCCGGGGAGAAUGGCGGGCGGAGGGGGGGGGCGGCCGGUCCCGCGGCCCCGCCCGGCGCCGAUCGGCGGCCCCCGCCUCCCCGGGAUCGCGGGUUCGAGUCCCGGCGGCGACCGCCCGCGUCUGCUCCGGCCUCGGCGUUGUUGCACCCGGCAGGGAACCGGACACUCACCAGUCCCUCGGGGACUGCGAUAUACUUGAACGUCACAGAGAGGAAAAGUGCAAUUGUACGUGGUUGUUGUUAAUUAUAAGUGCGGUGUGUGUGGGUCGUGAGAUACGUAUCAAUAUUUAAGAUUGUCCUGUGUCGUGGUCUGUUUGUAUCUUUUUUUAAAAAAAUAUAUUUUAUUUUUAUACUUUUUAUAUAUAUAUAUUGCAUAAGGGCAUUUUAAAACAGUGUAUCCCCUCUAUUUUUCAUAUCGUGAAUGUCAAAAGUUACUGUUUUUCCAUACCGUUUUUAUCUUGCAUUCUGGUCUGGUGAAAAGAUGUAGAGAAUGUAUCGGUUGUGCUCCGUGGGUAACAUGUGAAAUAAAAUAAAAUAAA